CUGUUCUGCUUGUGGCUAUGGAACCCUGACCUGUCCACCGGACGUGCUACCUGUCCCAGACCUGCUGUUUUCAACUGUCCAGAGACAGCAGGAACGGUAGAGGUACUCUGAAUGAUCGGCUAUGAAAAGUCGACUGACAUUUACUCCUGAGACAACCAGUGAAGAGACAGAUGACUUCGUGCUGAGGUGUGACCUUUCCUGAGAGCAAAAUGGAGUCGUCUGAACACAGUGCUCAGUUCGUGGACAAGUACAUGUCCCAGCUCAUUCAGAGGGUCACCAUGGUGAUGCCUAUAGCUGAAGACCUACUCUCUCAGAACAUGAUCCAUAAAGAGGUGUACUCCAACAUCAGUGCUGCCAAGACUAAUCAGGACAAAAUGAGGGAGCUCUUUAAAGCCCUCCACUCUGGAGGAAACAAAGUGAAAUCUACCUUUCUCUCCAUGCUGAAGGAGCAUGAACCUAAUCUGUUCCAGGACUUGGAAUUCCACAUCAAACAAGGAGAUCAACYAGAGAACAAUAGCACAAUAAGCCUAGAGUACAAGGAAUUCAUCAGAGGUGAAUAUGCCACAGUGCAGGAGUACAACUCUCUCCCUGGAGAACAUGUGAAGCUAGAUGACCGCUACACUGAGCCCCUGAUCAUCCAGAAACACCGUCAGCAGAGAGAGAGAGAGGAGGAGAUCCGCUCCAGAGGACAGAACUUUCAUCAAGUCAUGGACCAGAGGGACAGCGAGACCUACAAGAGUACCAAAGUGGAGAAGCUGUUUGAUCCAGACGAGCAUGGAGACAUUCAGAGAACGGUGAUACUGCAGGGCCACUCUGGAACUGGCAAGUCAUUUACCACUCAGAAGAUCAUGUCUGACUGGGCGUUUGGAAGACUUUACGAAGACCGAUUUGACUUUGUUUUUCACCUGAGGUGCAGAGAACUGAACCAGGCCACUGGAAAUAAAAGUGUGAUGGAUCUGCUGAACUACAAUCAAAGUUCAUCAUCAAUGAUCAAGCACGUCCUUCGCCAGUCUCCUGAGAGGGUUCUCUUCCUGGUAGACGGCUUUGAUGAGCUGGAAUUAUCACUUGAUGUACCUAAAGACUCCCUUCCCAGGGACCCGUGGACACAAUACUCCCCCGAAGUGACACUGAGUGGCCUGAUACGGAAACAGAUAUUGCACGAGUCCUUCCUGCUUGUCACCACCAGGUCCACAGCGUUGGAAAAACUAAAAGUGGUCAAACAUCCAGUGAGAUACGCUGAGAUAUUGGGCUUUUCUGAGGAAGGCGUGAAGGUCUACUUUGAGAAGUUCUUCAAACGGAAGCAACACUCACAUCAAGCCUAUGACUCUGUGAGGAAAAAUGAAACCCUUUUCACAACAUGUUUCAUUCCAGUCAUCUGCUGGAUCAUUUGCACAGUUUAUAGGGAGCAGUUUGAUGAAGGCACAGAGAUGAUACAAUCGCUGGAGACCACCACCUCCAUCUUUGUUGAAUUUGUUGACACUCUGUUGAAGCAUCACUGUCAGGAUUUGGGUCAGUCAGCUCUUACCAUCCUCCAAGGACUAGGCAAGCUGGCAGAAAAGGGAAUGGAAGAGCAGCAAGUGUUAUUUGACCAUGAUAGUGUCUCACAGACCGUGUCAGAUCCUUCCAAAGUCCCCUUCUUGUGA